AUGGACGAAGAUGGAGGCUAUUACGUACCACAGGACAAACUUCGAGAAAUGUUACGCGAUCCUAUGAGACUUUGGAAGACCGUUGGUUUUUGUGUGUUCGCGUCCGGUGCUAUACUGCUUGCUGUGUCUCUUAUCAUUCCGACUCUGGCUGCUUGUAUUGGAUCAAAAAGACUCGCUGGUUUUAUGAGUGAGGAUAACUCGCCCAACGAACCACCUGUACGCAUCUAUCCCCAAGAAAAACCUUCUGUAUCGCACUCGAGUGGCCCGGUGCCGGUAUUGGAGGAAAUCGCGAAGGUCCAACCCGGCGAGAAAACUUCUCCAACUGGACUGCUCGACUCCGACAAAGCACCACUUGUGCACUAA